CGAUGUGAGCUUGACAUGGAAUAAACUACCAUCAGUGUACCAGUACCCGCUCAUGCUCCAGAUUCCGCUCACUUGUACAUUAAACUUCAAUUUAAAUAAACAUGUUUAUCUUUAUCACCAAUUCGAUCAGUACAUAUCACUAUUGAAAUCAACUAUUUAACAUAUAAUCAAACAUUUUGAACAAAAAAGUGUUAAAAUUUGAGUAAUUGUAUUUUUUCAGUGCCGCGCUCAUUGAAAAUGACAGCAGCGUCAUGUUGUUGAUGUUUUGGUUAAGAAGUUCAGUCCGCAUAGUUAAGCAUUUCAAGUGAGUUUUCUUCGAUUUUAAGCCAUAAAUUGUUAAUAGGAUGCCGGCAACUAAAAAACCAAAAUACACUGUUCAAGCAGUGGAAUUUGCUUUGGAUGCAGCAAAACGUGGUAUAUCUAUAAGUCAAGCUGCGGCCCGCUACGGUGUUCCAGCAGGAACCUUGCGGGACAAACUUCGUAACAAGUAUCACAAGGAAAAAAAAGGACCUCUGAGCAUUCUCACUGAUGGUGAGGAGACUCGCAUAGUCAGCUGGAUGAAGCUGGCUGCUCGCACUGGAUUCCCUGUAACUGAGAAGCACCUGAAAAUAAGCGUCGCUCAAUUCGUCAAGCUGACGAAGAAAAUAACACCAUUCAAGGAUGGUAUACCAGGCCGGAAGUGGAUAAGGUUGUUCAUGCGACGACACAAGGAAAUUUCGCUGCGAAAACCUAGUGUUCUUGCAAAACAUCGAGCCACUGUUACCGAAUCCCAAAUUCGUAAGUGGUUCCUCGAAGUUCAAGACUACUUGAAGGAAACGAAUGUGGAAUAUUUAUUGAAUCAGCCCGCACGAAUUUUCAACCUGGACGAGACAGCUUUUCAACUGGUGGUGAAGAACCAAAAGUGCCUUGCCCCGAAAAGCCUGCGACACUUGCAUUCGAUUUACGCCAACAACGAUAAGGAAAGCUAUACUGCACUGUUUACGGCGAGCGCCGACGGCCGCCUUCUCCCUCCAUUGGUGCUGUUCCCUUACAAGUGUCGACUUCCUGCAGAAAUUAGUGCCAGCGCUCCUCCAGACUGGGGAAUUGGAAAAACCGAUAGUGGCUGGAUAACCAGUGAUGCUUUCUACGAUUUCCUGAAAAAUAUUUUUCAACCGUGGCUUUUGAAAGAAAACAUACAACUACCGGUUGUCUUGUUUGUUGAUGGGCACAAAAGCCACACGACACUCAUGACUUCGGAAUUUUGUAGGAAAAAAUCAGAUAAUACUCGUUGCUCUGUUCCCCAAUUCAACCCACCUAACUCAGCCGCUUGAUGUCAGUUUUUUCGGACCUUUGAAGAAGCACUGGCAAAGUCAAAUCCUGAAGUUCCGGGCAGAACAUGGAAUGGUUCCAAUCAGCAAAUCACAAGUGUGUCCUUUGAUGCGAGAUGCUCUCAUUAGUUUUACAUCAAAAGAAGCAGUUAUCCGGAGCGGCUUUAUGCGUAGUGGAAUUUAUCCGUGGUCACCCGAUGCAGUGGAUUACUCCUCUCUACCAUCUAAUGCGAAUGAAAACGAAUCUGGAAAUGAAUCGCUGCUUUCAGAUUCACCAGAAAUGAGGUUGAUUCGACUGGUAGAAAGCAGACUCACCAUGCAGCAAUUUGCAGAAUUUCAGCAGCACGAGGAAUCGGUUAUCUGGCCCGGCAAUAUUUCGGACACCAACCUUUUCUACGUAUGGAGAAAUUUAAAAAUCAGUUGCAAUGACCUCUGCAGCAAUGCUAAGUCUGACAAUGCGGUCAAUGAUGAAGUACAACAAAUAAGGCAAGGCGAACUUUCGGAUGAAGAGAGCGAUUUCAAGGGAUUUUCAGAGGGUGAAAUGAAUCGUGCAGGUAUUUACAUAAAUUCUUUUUUUGUUCAAAAUAAACCAACGGAUUUUAUAUUUUUCAAUCUACAGGUGUUGUACGAUUCCUGCCAAAUAUCAUCUCCAGUUCGUACACCCUUGAAAGAAGCUGAACCGGAGCAGAACAACAGCGAUAAGGAGAACGACGUAGAUGAUGUGGCAUUCAACAGUUCAUUCAGCCUACCGACGACUACGAAAACAACUUAAAAGCGGAAGGUUUUGCGGCCACCGACUGUCGCAACAAGCAAGGAAUUUGCUUUAUUCAUGGAAGCAAAGGUGAAGGAGAAAGAAGCAAUCGAAUUUGAAAAACAGCAAAAGCGAAAGGAGCGUGAAAUUAAAAAAGCACAAAAGCUAGCAGUUAAGGAGGACAAGAAAAGAAAGCCUAAGAAGCCGCGUUCAUCUUCGAAAUCACAAUUACGGAAUUAGCGAAACUGAGAAACAAUCAGUUAAAUUCGAUAAGCAUAAAAGUAAAGACGUGAAAAGUGAAGAGAGAGAAAAGGAUAACAGAAAAGUAAAACAAGAAAAGAAAAUCUAAAAACUACGAAAACAGAUUCCACAGUCAAAACGCAGAAAUGUACGAUUUGUAAAGAAACAUUUGAAAUGUUUUAAAUAAAAGUUAAAUAAAAAAGUAUUUUGUUAUUUUACUUACAAAUUACAGAAACAUCAUUAGCCAUCGAGCAAAUAGACAAUAUUGGUAUUCAUGUUAUCAUAUCAUUCGAGUUUGUGUCGCUACUGAACCGUUGUGUUUGUUUGUGCUUGUCACAUUAAACAAAAAUAGAAGCAAUCUGUAGUGAAACAUUUUUUAAGUGCUUUACCAUCUCAAAUAAUAAGUUGAACAGUUUGUUUCUAGGAAAAAAUCAAUUGAGUUUUGUAAGUUCUUUUGGAAAUUCUGCACCAUUUUAAGUAAUGGCAUUCGUGUUAAUAAUGCUCAUCCUGAUGGAUUUUGGGUAAUGGUACAAAUAGUGAUGCAGCAAAAAUAAAAAAAAAAUAUUGCAUGAAAAAAAUAUGAGCGUUUAUUGGAACAUUUUUGAGCGUCUAUUGGAACACCAUGUUUUGUCGUGAGCGGGUAUUGGUACAAUUGAAGCAAACAGAAAGUUCAAUAAAAUAAAUAUAUUUAUUAUAUUUUCACCUUUGCAAAUAUUUUUACCUUUUUCUACUAGAAGUAACUUAUUGUUUGUCAAUAAAAUUUUAUACAAAAUUGCACUGGUAUUUUUUCAGCAAGUUUUCAAAUAUCAAAUUCUUUUUAAAUGAGCGGAAACUGGUACACUGAUGGUACUCUGAUCUUGAGUUGGUCGAAGCAAGAAAUUUGAUAGCAGCCUGACUAUCUUAGCAACAGUAUAUGACAGUAUUAAAUUGCUGUAUUUUCUACUUAAAAACUCAUAUAUUUUAGGUACCGUAAAACGGGGUAACUUUGAUAAUGCGGGUAACUUUGAUAGUGCGAGACCCCCAACAUAU